GAUAUCUGCUUGGCUGUGUUACAGGACUGUCAAAUCUGGAGCAGUUUUCAUAUCAAAUUUAUUCCUUGGUGCAUCAAAUCCUGCACAGUUAAAAGCAGGAGAAAUGGCAAAAUCCCAAAUGGAGCUGAUCGCCAAGAAUAUGGUGAAAUCAGUCUCAUCGGGAGAGUCUGUGACCAUGGAAUCUUUAUGGGAGUCGAAGACCUGUGUCAUCACUUUCCUGCGUCGGUUUGGAUGACAGAUGUGCCGGGCGUACUCACGCCAACUGAGCGCCCUGAAACCUCAGCUUGAUGCUAACAAUGUUCGCAUGAUUGGCAUCGGCUUAGAGGAACUAGGGGUUGAGGAAUUUGUUGAGGGGAAGUUUUUUGAUGGAGAGCUGUAUAUAGACAUGAAGAAAGAAAGCUUCAAGACAUUAAAUUUCCGGCGGUACAACAUAUUCACUGUGAUCAAAGCUAUUUUCACCGACCCAGCCAAAAAGUUAUUAGCCUGGGCAAAUAAUGAGAACAUCAAGGGCAACAUGUCGGGUGACGGCUUCCAAAACGGCGGCACUCUGAUUGUGCAAGCAGGCGGCACCAAACAGCUUCUUUUCUACAAACAAGAAGAUGCAGCACAGCAUGUGCCGUUGGAAGAUGUCCUCAAGGCUCUUGGAAUUGAAGAAAAGGCGCCAAAGGCUGAGGGAGCAUCGUCAGGUCAGAAAGAAGUUGUUUGUGAAGAAGAUGUCUGUAAAAUUGUGAAAAAAUGAAUGAAUACUCAUUAAAUUACCUUUAUGUUAAGUGAACUUCCCAAGCACACAAGACAACAACCACAGUUAUUUCUUAGUGUGGUUCAUAUCUCUGGAUGAUUGGAUGAAGUCUAUGAGUUUAAAUCUUCGGACAACUCAUGGAUGGAAGGAGAGUCACAGUGAGAUGUGAAUGAGACUGACAAUAGUUUUGGUUCUGGACUUUUGUGUUUCUGGAGUUCUUUGCAUGGAUGUUUAUUUUUGGAUUAAACGUUGUUUAAAGGAGAAGUGUCUGGAAAUAAGGCCAGACUGGCAUGUAUGAUUUGUCAAGAGUUCUGACGAUUUAAACUUUGGUUUGUGAUAUUAAUUUUUGUACAAUAAAAUCUGUAAAAGAUGAUAUUAUCAAAA